AUGUAUACUCCACCUGAGGAGGCAGAGGCAGCCCGAUCUAACCGCCGCAAAGUCUGCGACUUGUGCUUUACGAAAAAGAUCAAAUGUGACAUGCUCAAGCCCGUGUGUUCCAACUGUAUCCUCUACAAGGCAGACUGCAAGACCAGUAUUAUCCGGCGGAAAGCAAACCCACCCAAGGCCAAACCAGCACCUCCCGGCCAAGCUGAUGGGCGUGUUGAAACUCUCGAGGCUCGCUUGGCCAGGAUUGAAAACCAGCUUCAGCAAGUUCUCGAUGCGGCGCGAGAUGUCCACAGACCUGCGGGCAACACAGACUCGUUGCCGCAGAGGGAUCCUGGAAGACGGGAUGAGGUUGAUCAAGUCGACCUGUUGGCGGAUCCAAUCAUCCAAGACACGAUUCCAGAAGAGACGGGAGGCCAAAAUCCGUGGAGAUUCGAUCCCAUUGAGCCGCGGCUCUACCAAGGCCCCGAACCAGAUGUCUUUGUCCUGCCGCCGUUGGACGAGAUCCUCCCCACCAUCGACCACUACUUUGCAGCCUUUAACCAGAUCAUUCCUCUCUUCCACCAAAACACCUUCAUGAAGAUGUUGCAUUCCUGGUACAACGACCCCACGCCUCGCGACAGAGGCGCCUGGGCGGCCGUGCAAAUCGUCAUGGCCCUCGGGUACCGCAUGCCCCGACUCACAGCGACGGACACCGUCUCGGUGCAAAUCGACAAGGCCGACCGCUGUCUCAAGAGUGCGCAGGCUGUCAUAUCGGAGCUGGUGACCAGAGACGAAGAUUUGCUGGGAGUCCAGAUCUUGCUUGGCAUAGUCAUGCUGUUCCAGAACAGUCGCGAUCCGAAACCCGCCAGCGUCAUUAUCGGCACGGCGGUGAGGCUCGCCCACAAGCUGGGACUGCACUCUGCAGAGGCGUCGAAACUAUUCAGCGUUGAGGAAGCUGAGCAGAGAUCUCGCGUGUUAUGGAUCGCGUACUCCCUCGACAAGGAUAUAUCUCUCAGAGCCUACACUCCGUCAAUAAUGUCUGACGAUGACAUCGACGUUCCACUUCCCGUAAUGGCACCCGCCGAUAGUUCUGGAUUCAUCUGGACGCAAAACGGCCAGGCUCACUUCAACUACCACAGACGACGUGUUGAGCUUGCCCACAUCGAAGGCAAAGUGUACGACCUGCUCUACUCCAACAGAGCUGCCAAGGUCAAGGGCGCGCUACGCCACCAGCGCGUUGCGAGGUUGCAAGCAAUGCUCGACCAGUGGUAUGAGCGCGUCCCCUCCGUCUUCCACAUCGAGAACGUCGCAGCAAACGUCGGACCAGGCCAGCUUGUCCAGUUGACCAAAAUGCACCACGCAUAUCUCAUGGCCGAGGUUAUGACGCAUGGCAUCUAUAGCCACAAUGCCGAUUGGGUAAAGAGGAUCAGCUCUUUUAGUCGGUCGGCCAUAUAUAACAUGCAGAGCAUUCCUAAUAAGUUUAGAAAUCUCAACUGCAUGAGCAACAAGGAGCAAGCAGCUCCGUUGCCCGAAGGGUGGAGCAAGUGCGUUGAGGUCAGCCGAGGGUGUAUGGAUCUGUUCCAAGGAGCAACGCCGACGGAAUGUCUCAUUUGGCAAUGCAGUUGUGCCCACUUCUCUGGGCUUAUCAUUCUCCUUGCAAACAUGUCUCUGGACCCAGGACAUGAACUAGUUGCUUUCGACCAACACCUGGCUCUUCGCGCCAUUAACCUAUUCGACAAGCUCCUAGAUAUCAUCGACGACGAAGGCUUCAAGGCCCUGCGCCUGGUAAUAGGCGAGCUGAGCCAGAAGGCAAAUUUAGCCGUCGAGACGCACCGACUAGAAAAUGCUCAGUCAGGCAACGCCGUGUUCGAAAGCCUGUGCCCAGAUGCAGGCGCGCUUCAACCUAUAGAACUCGAGUACCUGCCACAGGACACGGAAUUUGGAGAGGUUAAUGGUUCUUUUGCGGAAUUCGACGUGAAUGAGUUUCAAGACUCUGUUUUUGGGCAAACAUAUAACGCUACGGAUUUGAGAGGGAUUCCAGCAAUCGCAGAUCUGGAAGACUUUUUGAGAUGA